AUUCGAGAACUACCAAGCUGCCCAAGCCCUUAAUCAACGCACAAGCUUCUCCUCCAGCCUUGAGAUUUGGCCUUUUCUUUCUCAGCUGCUUCCUGAAUAUAACAUAAUUUGGCCAUGGAGAUACCAGAGUUUGAUUGGAAAUCCCUCUUGUAUGGAGACCCAUUGGAAGCCGAGGCCAGAGUCCGAUACCACAUCGACCAUGGGCUGAACCCCCUCUCGGUCUCCGGACAUGGCAAAACCCUCCUUCAUGCCGCAGUCAGAAUGAACAAUCUGCCUGUGGCAAAGCUAGCCAUCUCCCUGGGCGUCCCUGUCGACGCGCGCGCCUGGCCGAGGCCCCACAUGACGCGUUGGUUCUCCAGGAUUACUGCAGGGUGGACUGCUCUUUUCUAUGGGAUCAGAAACACAAACUACGAAAUUUGUCGAUUGCUUCUGGAGCAUGGGGCUUCAGAAGCGCUCUCUUUCAGGCAGGAAUCGCCGCUCUCUCGAGCAGUGAAGAUGCGCUGUGAAGACAUUUUCUGGAUGCUUGUUGAGUUCGGAGCUAAAACUCUCCAACAUCCCAUGCCGCUCAAUCGGAGUCCUGGCGGGCCACCAGUGGCCGUUAGCCAUCGCCUCGUCUGCUUCGGAUCCCCGCCCGAGCUCCUCAACUCUCUCGAGGUCUUUCUACUCAGCCAGUUUGGAGGCAAUAUGUCGCAGACCUCGGACCCUGCGGAAUGUUUGGAGUGCAGCGCCGGCCUCACGUCCGCGGAAGAGAGCGCAAGGACAAAAUUCGAAGUGCGGAAGCGCAACAUUCAGGACUGGACAGCGGCUGCAGACCCUUUUAGCUACGGCUUUAUCAGGCGCUGCCGAAUCUGCAGGCAAUCCAUCAGCUGCUUGUCAGAGCAGUUUCGUCCCGGGUCAAGCGAAAGAGGCAUCAUAUGUGCGGAACACGAAAACUCGCUGGCUAGAAGAGGGAAUAGAGAAGAGGACCUGCUCUCCCUCCUUCGGCUUCGCGCUUCCAUUUCUGGAGAUAAAAGUGCCGAUCCCCGCCAUCAUCUGCUUCUGCCAGCAUACUGGCUCGUUCGAUGCCUGAAAAGCCACAAGGAGUGUGCACAAGAUUCAGAGUUUUCAGCCCUUCCGAGGAGAGUUAUUGACGUCGGCACAAUUGGUUCGGAACAGCCGCCGCGCCUGUUGGAAGCCAGCCAAGACCAGAAAGCGGCAUACUGCGCCUUGAGCUAUCGAUGGAGUGACAAUCCACUUAGACUGCUUCUGGAGAACAUUGAGGACCUGAAGGUUGCCCUGCCUGUUGGGGCCUUGCCUGUUCAGAUCCAACACGCCAUACGGGUUGCUCGGCAGCUUGGAUUCAGGUAUCUCUGGGUCGAUGCGCUUUGCAUCAUACAAAACAGCGAGGAGGACUGGAAAUGCGAGGCUGCCAAUAUGGGAUCCAUCUAUUUCAAUUCGACUCUAACCAUUGCCGCCGUCGAUCCCCCGGAAGACAUUGGUCCUGAUUCUGGCGAUUUAUUCACUCCCAGCGACCCAGCGGCGUCCGCGCCGGGACCUCGACUCCGAGGAAACCUGGAUACCCGGGGAUGGGUCACUCAAGAGGAAAUCCUCUCGCGCCGGAUCCUCAGCUUCACCAAGGCGGGCGCAUUUUGGUCGUGUGCUAGAUGGGAUUGCUCAGACCACUGUCCUGACGGGAUGGUGCCGCCCAAGCUUGAGGAUGAGCAAACGACCUGGACACAAUUAAAGGACCAGCCCAAUAUGAACCGGCGAGUGCAAUUAUGGGCAAGGAACGCGAAAGACAAGGCACUCGGCUACAGGCUCUGGCAUGCGGUGCUGGGAGACUACACCGGGCGCCAUCUGACUCGAGAGUCUGACCGGUUCAUCGCCCUGAAGGGUGUCGAGUCCCUCUUCGCGGCACGCCUCGAAGACCAGAACCUGGGCGGCGUCUGGAAACGCAACGUGGUAAGGGAUCUGGCCUGGUACAGAGACGGGCCAAGUAUGCGGCACCAGCAGUUAGACGCCCCUUCAUGGUCGUGGGGCUCUGCGACUGGCUCUAUAAAGCAUCUAACCGGUCAAGACUUGGAGAUCUACCUCGCUGAGGACGUCCAAGUCUUUGAUUCUGCAAAUGGAAUUCAAGGGUCGAUAACCUUUGCCCGAGGGCCCUUGAUCCCGGUAAAGUUCCGGGGAAGCACACUAUCCUUCGUCCGGUCCUCAACUCGACAGCAUCCACAGGUAUACGAGCCGGGAAUUCCUUCUGACAAAAUGCAUCUUAUUUAUUUCGAGCGAGGGUCGACGUGGUGGCCGGAUUCACCGCAGUAUGCCAGAGGGAAAGGCCUAGUGCUCCAUAUGGGGGGCUUUGGGCUUGGCGUGGUUCCUGUCAGCGGCGCCGAAAACACCUUCAAAAGGAUUGGCCUGUGCCCCUGGACUGCGGACAUGGUUCGAGUCCUGCGUAGUGAUUUCAGUUACGGUAUGCUAGCUGAGAGGAACACUACAUACACGUUGAUCUAAGCAUGGUUACCGGAUAUGGAGACUAUCCAAUAGGGCCUUUGAUGGGGUUUUGAGGGGGAAAUCCGGGUGUACUGUGGAUGGUGAUCUGUUGCAAAAGAGGAGGUGGAAAGGAUCCACCGUUUAAGAGGGACCCAUUUAUCGAGUGUAGCCCGAGCUCCCUACGCUGUAGGUGUUGCGGCCAGACUAAUGGAGGCACGUUGGCCUUGCAUUGGCGCUAUAAACGAAAAUUCUACACCGAAAAGGGGGAAAGGAAAAGGCGCUGGUCGCGCCGGCGCGACACGCGCCUAAUGUUAUGGCGUGGCGGCCCUCCGGGCCCGCACGGCCAUUGGUCCCCACCACGCUGAAUACUGCUGGCCGUUGCCGCCGUACCGCCUGCCGGUGCCCACAAAGCCUGCCUGCGGGCAGUCGGUGCACCGCACCGUCGUCGUUGUUUUCCGUCACCUUUAGAUAGCCAAUUCAACCUAGGGUUACCGCAGCA